CCCUGCGGGUGCGCUGCGCUCCCUCCGAGCCCGAGCCCGAGCCCGAGGACCGGGCUACUGCCGUCCGCCGCAAGCCCCGUCCUGCACUCCUGCAUCCGUUCACGUUUUACCCCGUCCGGCCGUCCCCCUCGUUCUUUCUCUCCCCCUUCUCUCUCGCUGCGACGACUGGGUAGGCUGCCGCCGCCGCCCUACGCCAGGUCCCGAGGACCAAGGCAUUCGUAUUCGUCAGUCUCUUCGCCGGGCGACGCCAGAAAGAAGACCAGAGGUUUGUGGGAGUAUCGAAGGUGGUGGUGAUUUUGUAGCGUGGUGUUGCAGUUUGGUUGGAACUUGGAGUGUAGAGGGAAGAUUUGGUGAUGAGCAGCCGCAGCCCGCCGCCGAAGGACCGCAGGAUGCGUACUGAACGCACCUCAUACCGUGGCGCACCAUAUCGGAGGGACAGCCGCCAUGGUCCAAGCAGGUUUCGGAAUGAUUUGUGCAACAAUUGUAAGCGUCCUGGGCAUUUUGCUAGAGAGUGUCCUAGCGUGGCUGUCUGUCAUACCUGCGGGCUUCCUGGGCACAUUGCAGCUGAAUGUUCUUCCAAAGGUACCUGCUGGAACUGCAAAGAGCCUGGCCACAUGGCUAACAGCUGCCCAAAUGAAGGGAUAUGCCGUAACUGUGGCAAGUCCGGACAUAUUGCAAGAGACUGCACUGCUCCACCAGUGCCGCCAGGAGAAGUGAUCCUUUGCAGCAACUGCUACAAGCCAGGGCAUUUUCGUGAGGAAUGCACCAAUGAGAAGGCCUGCAACAAUUGCCGGCAGAGUGGCCAUAUUGCCCGUAACUGCACCAAUGAUCCUGUUUGCAACCUGUGCAAUGUUGCUGGCCACCUGGCCCGUCAGUGCCCCAAGUCUGAUACAUUGGGCGAGAGGGGUGGGCCUCCUCCCUUCCAUGGUGUUGGCGCUCCCUUCCGUGGUGUUGGCGUUCCCUUCCGUGGUGGCCUCAGUGACGUGAUCUGCCGGGCCUGCAACCAGAUUGGCCAUGCGAGUCGUGACUGCAUGGCUGGUGCUUUCAUGAUCUGCCACAACUGUGGCGGCCGUGGCCACACGGCAUAUGAGUGUCCCUCUGUGAGUCUCAUUGAGAGGUUCCCACCUCGCCGUUUCUGAAGGACGUCCAAGGGCUAUCCAGAUGACUGUUGUUUUCAGCCCAUUGUGUCAAGAACACUCAUUUCCGUUUUCUUUUUUUUUUCCAAACCCUAAUGGAUUCUAGAUCUUUCAGAUUCUUAACUUGUCAGCACUAUUUGUGAUUCCCUAAUGGAUUCUAGAUAUUUCAGAUUAAUAACUCGUCAGCACCAUUUAUAAUUCUGGAUUUUCUACUUGACUCA